CGGUAAGUGCACCUACUCGCCGUCCUGGUGGAAUCACACACAGUGACAGCCAGUGGCUAGGAUUGAAUCUGAAGCGACAUUGAUUGAUUGAUGAUUGAGGAGGGAGGUUCAAGAUCAGGCUCAUUCAUUCAUUUCUCACAUUUAGUUUAAUUUAGUUUGUUUCGAGGAUUCAAAGAGGAAAGGGAAAAGAUGAGUGCAGCAGCAGUAGGUUUGGGGAAAAUGGUGGAUAACAAGCAGAUUAUAUUCAAAGGAUACAUAGAGCAGCGAGCACCUGAGGAGACAGACAUGGAAGUGAAGGUGGGAAACAAGAUGAAGCUGGAAGCUCCAAAAGGCUCUGGCGCCAUCCUCGUCAAGAAUCUCUACCUCUCUUGCGAUCCCUACAUGCGUGCCCGAAUGCGCGACUUCCAUGGCUCCUACUUUCCGCCUUUUGUUCCUCAUUCCGUUGUUGAGGGAUUCGGUGUGUCCAAAAUAAUCGAUUCAGAUAAUCCCAACUUCAAAGGGGGAGAGUUUGUUGCUGGAUUUACUGGGUGGGAAGAGUACACUUUGAUUUACAAGACUGAGCAGUUGAGAAAAGUUGAGCCUGAUCAUCGUAUUCCACUGUCGUAUCAUAUCGGCCUCCUCGGGAUGCCUGGCUUCACAGCUUAUGCUGGAUUCUAUGAGGUUUGUAGCCCUAAGAAAAACGAAUAUGUGUUCGUAUCUGCUGCCUCUGGAGCUGUCGGGCAACUUGUUGGCCAGCUUGCAAAACUACAUGGAUGUUAUGUUGUUGGAAGUGCCGGGUCCAGCGCAAAAGUCGGUCUUCUGAAGAAGGAACUUGGUUUCGACGAUGCUUUCAACUACAAAGAAGAAGGGGAUCUUGAUGCUGCCCUUAAAAGAUACUUCCCAGAAGGCAUCGACAUAUACUUUGAAAAUGUGGGGGGAGCCAUGCUCGAGGCUGUGCUGCAGAACAUGAGAGUUAAUGGACGGAUUGCUGUUUGCGGGAUGGUGUCUCAGCAUAGCAUGUCGGAUCCAGAUGGGGUCAGGAACUUGUUCAAUCUUGUCCCAAAGCGCAUCCGGAUGCAGGGCUUUCUGCAGAGCGAUUUCUUGCAUCUAUAUCCGAGGUUCCUUGAGGAGGUGGGCAGCCUCUACAAGCAAGGGAAGAUAAAGUAUGUGGAGGACAGGAAUGAGGGGCUCCAAACUGGUCCAACUGCAUUUGCAGGACUCUUCUCUGGGAAGAAUACUGGAAAACAGGUUAUUUGUGUAGCCCAUGAAUAAAAUAAAAUGAACAAGAUAGAUGGAAACAAAAGCAUAUCUCAAGACUCAAGUCAAGGAUGAUGCUAUCUGUUUUCUAGUUUGCUUAUUCACUUUAAUUAAUUUUUUGCAUAUGAUAUUCCAACCGCUUAUUUUCCCCGAGGAUGUUGAGUACUGUUACUAUUAUUAAUGAUUCACGUGUAAGGCUUUA